GGCCGCGGGCGCCGGGCCCGGGACGGGCCGGGCCGGACAGAACGGGACAGGGCCCGAGGUGAGGGGACGGUACGGGACAGGGCCCGAGGAGUGCAGGCUCUGGCCAUGGAGCACAAGGGCUACCGGCGGGGCAGCUUCCAGAGCGGCACCAGUGACGAGGACAUGCUGGAAAUCGCGGGGGCGUCGCUGGAGCUCGGCGUGCCCGACGAUGACCCGCCGCUGGACAGGGAGCUGGGAGGCUUUUCCUCAUAUAAUGGAGGAGGGAUGAAUGGCACGAGCUCCAUGAUGGAUUUCCUGGAGGAGCCUCUCCCUGGCGUGGGCACCUACGAGGAUUUUAACACCAUCGACUGGGUGCGGGAGAAGUCCCGGGACAGGGACAGGCACAGGGAGAUCACCAACAGGAGCAAGGAAUCCACCUGGGCUCUGCUGCACAGCGUGAGCGACGCUUUCUCUGGCUGGCUGCUGAUGCUCCUCAUUGGUUUGUUGGCAGGUUCCUUGGCAGGUCUGAUUGACAUCUCUGCCCACUGGAUGACAGAUCUGAAGGAAGGAGUGUGCUUGGCAGGCUUCUGGUUCAACCACGAGCACUGCUGCUGGAAAUCCAACACCACCUUCACUGACAGGGACAAGUGUCCUGAGUGGAAGAGCUGGUCCCAGCUGAUCCUUGGCCAUGGGGAGGGGGCCUUUGCAUAUAUCCUCAACUACUUCAUGUAUGUCAUCUGGGCCUUGAUGUUCUCCCUCCUUGCUGUGCUCCUGGUGAAGGGCUUUGCUCCCUAUGCCUGUGGCUCAGGGAUCCCAGAGAUCAAAACUAUCUUAAGUGGUUUCAUCAUUAGAGGCUACCUGGGCAAGUGGACGCUGGUCAUCAAAACGGUGACGCUGGUGCUGGCCGUGUCCUCGGGGCUGAGCCUGGGCAAGGAGGGGCCCCUGGUGCACGUGGCCUGCUGCUGUGGGAACAUCCUGUGCCACCUCUUCACCAAGUACCGCAAGAAUGAGGCCAAGCGCCGCGAGGUGCUGUCAGCAGCUGCUGCUGCCGGGGUGUCCGUGGCUUUUGGAGCUCCCAUUGGAGGAGUGCUCUUCAGCCUGGAGGAGGUGAGUUACUACUUCCCCCUGAAGACGCUGUGGCGCUCCUUCUUCGCCGCGCUGGUCGCCGCCUUCACGCUGCGCUCCAUCAACCCCUUCGGCAACAGCCGCCUGGUGCUGUUCUACGUGGAGUUCCACAUGCCCUGGCACCUGCUGGAGCUGCUGCCCUUCAUCCUGCUGGGCAUCUUCGGGGGGCUCUGGGGCGCCUUCUUCAUCCGCAGCAACAUCGCCUGGUGCCGGCGGCGCAAGAGCACGCGGCUGGGCAGGUACCCGGUGCUGGAGGUGCUGGUGGUCACGGCCAUUACAGCCGUGCUGGCCUUCCCCAAUGAGUACACCAGGAUGAGCACCAGCGAGCUCAUCUCUGAGCUCUUCAACGACUGCGGCAUCCUGGAUUCCUCCAAGCUCUGUGAGUACGUCAACGACUUCAACAGCACCAAGGGCGACGACCUGCCCGACCGCGCCGCCGGCCCCGGCGUCUACACGGCCAUGUGGCAGCUGGCACUGGCCCUGCUCAUGAAGGUCUUCAUCACCAUCUUCACCUUUGGCAUGAAGGUGCCCUCGGGGCUCUUCAUCCCCAGCAUGGCCGUGGGGGCCAUUGCCGGCCGGCUGCUGGGUGUGGCUGUGGAGCAAUUGGCCUUUUACCACCAUGACUGGGCCAUCUUCAGUGGCUGGUGCAGCCCUGGGGCCGACUGCAUCACCCCUGGCCUCUAUGCCAUGGUGGGAGCUGCUGCCUGUCUGGGGGGCGUGACGCGCAUGACGGUGUCGCUGGUGGUGAUCAUGUUCGAGCUGACGGGCGGGCUGGAGUACAUCGUGCCGCUGAUGGCCGCGGCCAUGACCAGCAAGUGGGUGGCGGACGCGGUGGGGCGCGAGGGGAUCUACGACGCGCACAUCCGGCUGAACGGCUACCCCUUCCUGGAGGCCAAGGAGGAGUUCUCGCACAAGACCCGCGCCAUGGACGUGAUGCGGCCGCGCAAGAGCGACCCCGCGCUCACCGUCAUCACGCAGGACACCAUGAGCGUGGAGCAGGUGGAGGCCAUCGUGGGCAGCACCACCUACAGCGGCUACCCCGUGGUGGUGUCGCGGGCCUCGCAGCGCCUGGUGGGCUUCGUGCUCAGGAGGGACCUCAUCAUCUCCAUCGAAAACGCCCGCAAGAAGCAGGAUGGGAUCGUCAGCACCUCCAUCGUUUGUUUCACUGACUACUGCCCGCCCCUGCCCCCGAGCUCCCCCUCUGUGCUGAAGCUCAGGAGCAUCCUGGACCUGAGCCCCUUCACGGUGACGGACGAGACGCCCAUGGAGAUCGUGGUGGACAUUUUCCGCAAGCUGGGGCUGCGCCAGUGCCUGGUCACUCACAACGGGAAGCUGCUGGGGAUCAUCACCAAGAAGGAUGUACUGAAGCACAUUGCACAGAUGGCCAACCAGGACCCCGAGUCCAUCCUCUUCAACUAGAGGCAGCCUGCAGGGAUUCUGUGUCCCACACCUGGAACUUUCUGGCCCAUCCUGGGUAGACUUUCCUAUUUUUAUUGAGACCAUGGAACUGUUUCCAGUCUUUUCCUCCAUGGAGCUGAAGAAGAUAUUUUUUUUUCUACCAGAUAACCAAUUGCACUACGGAAUCUGUGGAACAGGAUCUUCUUUUUAGAAGGAGAAAAAAAAAGAGACUUUAUUUAGGUUGUUUUUGUGAAGUUGAGUUGGAAAGAUUCCAUGAAGGAGUAAAAGCAAAAUGUUAGAGAA